AAUAAGUCUAACACCUCGCUGAAAACAUAUUUGACAAAUGUAUAUGCGUGUGUCGUUUUUUUUCCAAAAAAGCAAAAUUAAAUGUGCUGUAUAUGUUUCUUUCUCAUUUCUCUCAUAACAUAUAUUACUAUGACAGAUAAACCUGAAAAGAAUGUCUUUCUUAACAGCAAACAAUUGUACUAGUAUAAUGCUUUUCAGUCUUCUACUUGCAAUAACAAAAUCGUUUCUUGCAAUUAUCUUGAUUAUUUCUCUAUUUUGAUAUAAAUAUUGUUUUUUUCUAUUAUUUAUAGUAGGCUUCUUAGCGAAAAUUUUAUUGGACUUUUCGUAUCUUAAUUUUUAAUAUUCUCAUGACUUUCGUGUCUGUGAUAUUUCAUUUCGGAUUCCCAUUCCCAUACAGAAAUUACAAUUGAUACGACUUGAAUGUGCAACGUAUAAUACGACUGCAGGUCACUUUUGUUAUUGUCUUUGUUUCGAGUUUGUGUUGUAGUUUGGUUUGCGUUACUCGACGUUGAUGUUAUUUUUAUAAUUUUCCAUGUGUUUGUGAGGAAAUCCGUUUAAUAUGGUUACCGGAGAGGAUUGUUCUUGCGCCGACACGACGGAACCUUCCAAUUUAACGUCCUUGCGCUCGGAUGACGCUACCUCAACCAUAAAUUCCGAUGUAAAUGCGGUCUGCACCAAAACGGUCGAUAAGAGGAACGACGCUGUUGAGAAACCCAAAGGCAUAUAUUCGCUGUAUUUUUUCAAACGUGAAAGCAAACUAUAUGUAACAAAGCGUCCGAAAGGCACGCCGAAUAUUCCUUUGACGUAGAUCUUUUUAGCGAAACUAUUGUCCACUUUUUUUUUCCUUAAAACUUUUGUGCACAGAGGGUGGUCUAUGAUUUAAUGCCUUGCUUCAAUUUUACCUUACGCUAGGUCUAUUCUAUUUACUUUUAUUUACCGUUAAAUAACCAUUCUAUUUGUAUCUUAUCAUGCAGAAACGGACUGCAAGUGUUCCAACGCAUCGCUGGUCGCAACUUAUUGCGUAGCCGAUGUCCCGUCCACGGUCCCAGGAAAACCGGAUCGCCAGUCGCAGCGGAAGAAAUCGAGGAGUCAGCCACCUGCAAUGCAACUUAAAUCGAGCUUCCCGUGCCUCUGUCACAGUCACAAAAUGUAACACUGUCGCACCCGUUUUAUCUCGUUAGCUCAUUUAUUUCUCAAAGCAGAUUUAUCGUUCCAGCAACGGCUACGUUUUGCCUGUAAAGCUCAAGGAAGGUACGCAGAGACGUCGUCGAGACGCAUACCGAAGGUAUGCGGAAUGUUAGCGAUCGCAUUUUUCAGAUAAACCGCAAUCGCGUCCGUUCUGGAGCCGUUGGAAGCGGCCGGGAAACGGCAAAAGGGACAAGAUGUACGAGAUAAAGCUGAAACAAGUUCAAUGUCCCCGCUAUGCAAAGCCGCGUCUAAACGGCGCGCCUAAACAACACCUCGACGCAUUGCAACCACCGUACGAAUCUCAACUCUUGGUCUCCCGUGAGGAACUGUCGGAAGGGAUACCGAGUAAAAGCGUCAAGAACGAAGCCGGCAAAUCGAGACCGCCUAAAUAUCCAACGAAAACGAAACUCAAGAGGGAGGAAACGGCGGAGAAGAUCGAGAUCUACUAUUUCGAUCACGGGGACUCCGCAUAUUAUCGAACAACUGAUUGCCAUCCUGUACUAAUCACGGACAAGUGCGCCGAAAAGACCGAUCAGGCAGCGACCCGCUUUUGGGCGGAGAUCUUCGGCACGAUUCACAUCGGUAUCGCCUUCGUCACGGCCUUCAUUCUGCAGCUCCUACGCUUCGUGCUCUACAGCGUGAUCCGGCCGUUGACAGUGGGAAUACUUCAACUGGUAGCGGAUUACUUUGUGAAACCGCUGCUCUCUAUUCUGUUUAACGCCCUCGUGCAACCCGUAUUGAUUUUGCUUUACAACAUCGCGACGUCAUUGAGGGACCUCUGCGAACCGAUAGCCGAGGCGAUGGGCCUAUUCCUGAGGGAGAUUGCGAGUCUCUGCGCCGCGAUCAGGAUCGUGGAGGUGAAGCACGUUCACGCGCCGACCACUGCUUGCACUUGACCUCGUAAACGAAAACUGGAGACUCUUCCUCAAGAGAACGAGCUUUAGUAUCUUGACUGAAGAUCC